GUUUAGCUGGGUGGCGUGGGUUAGAGUCCGUCAGAUCUAACGGCCGGGAAUUGCCGACCCCGGCCGAGCUCUGACCCACAUGGCCCAUCCCUGCAACGGUCUCGUUUUGGGUGCUGAGUCGCCGUCUACGUCCAACCCCAACCCCCUCCUCUCUCUCUCUCUCUCUCUCUCUCUCUCUGCGGCUUCUCUACCCUUUUCGUCUUUCUCGCUCUCUGUCCUCUCUCUCUCUUUCUCUCUCUCCCAUCGUUUUAACACCAAACCCUCGCUUAUCGUUCCCCUCUUUCCAUCGACGUCUCAGAUUCGUCCGCGUCACCAUCUUCUUCUCCCCACCUCCUCUUCCCCUUCCUAUUUAACCCCCCUCAUUCUCUCUUUCCUCUCUCUUGUCUCCUUCUAGGGUUUCGAGAAUCCCCAAAAAAGUCAGGCCAGAGAACCGCAAAUUCGACUGUCCCGAUGCUUGUUGGCCGUUGAUCGUCGCUCCCCGAUUGAAGAUCCACUGCCGGUUCCUUCAAAUAAGGGUUUCAUUGGGUUUUGCUCGUGCAAAGAUAGGAAAUUCCACUUUUUUGAGGGAAUUUUCAUUCCCGAUCCCUCGUUGGUUUCAAUUUCAUGGCGAUUGUAAAGAACUACAGUGAUUUUUCUCCGGGUAGCGGAGACACUAUCUACAGUGACGAUGAUGACGAGCUUCAGACUCGAAGCUCUGCAUCGGAUUCCGGUGGUGCUGAUGAUGAUGAUGACGAUGAUGAUGUGGACUCAGGGAUGGGAUCUGAUGAAUGUGAUUUAUCGGAAUUGGGCCAAAUUGGGGAAGAGUUUUGUCGAGUAGGUGACCAGAGUUGUUCGGUUCCGUAUGAGCUCUAUGAUCUUCCGGAUUUGGGUGGUGUCCUUUCUUUGGACACGUGGAAUGACUGCUUGACUGAGGACGAGCGUUUCCGUCUCGCAGAGUUCCUCCCUGAUAUGGACCGGGAGACAUUUGUCCAUACAUUAAAAGACCUCUUCUCAGGUGGUAACUUCCAUUUUGGUAGUCCCCUUGUUGACCUCUUCAGUCAGCUGAAAGGUGGGUUCUGUGAACCGAGAGUUGCAUGUUAUCAACAGGGUUUGAAUUACUUCGAGAAGCGUACACACUACCAUGCCUUGUUUAGGUACCAGAAUUCAAUGGUAGGGAGUCUGAUUCAGAUGAGGGAUGCGUGGGAGAACUGUGCAGGAUAUGGAAUUGAGGAAAGGAUUCGGAUUUUGAACUUGGUGAGAAGUAGGAGGAGCUUGAUGUAUGAGAAGGAUGGAGGGUUGGGAUCUGAGAUGGAAACAUCAGCAAGAGAGGAAUCAGGUGAUGGGUUCUGGACUAAAAGGAGUAAGAUCAGUAAGGUUGGUGCGAAGAUGGGUCAUAAAGCUGUGUAUACGGUGAAGUCGCCCUUGGAUUUUGCAUCUCGAGGAAGGCAGAUGGUGGUGGAGCCAACAAAGUAUGGAAAACCAAACCCCAAAGGGAUUUUGAAGGUUGCUACACAAAAGGCUUCUUCUAAGGAGCAUGCUGAAGUGUCAGGUCGCCUUCCUUUUGUUAAUCAUGGUUUGGAGCCAAAAUCUACACCUUUUUCAGCGUUAGCUCCUCCGCGACGGGACCGAGUUGUGGGGUAUGAUUUGGGAAACGUCCACCAGAGUAGGAAUCUGCUUAAAGAUGAUGAAGAUGAUGGGGAGGAAGAAUAUGCAUACAGUAUGGGUUUCCAGAGCAAUCGGAACAUGGUAAGAGAUAAUUUAGUGGCUAGGGUUAAAUCGUCGAAGGUGGGAAAGAAACAUGAAUUUGAGAAGUAUGAUACAGAAGUGCGAAUGGGGCUUCACAAAGAAGACACUGAAGGUUACCUUGGCUUGCCUUCUUCUGGGAAAAAUGAGAAUCUGCAUUCUCGUGGAAGGAACAUGAAUGUUAAACAGCUCACGGAUAUGGGACUGUGGACGGGGAAACCAAUUACUGACAGAACUUCUUAUGAUUAUCAUUCCCGAGAUGCUCGGAAGAAGGCCAAGUAUCCUGAGAAACUCCAGCGAUCCUUGGUUGAAGAUCGGAGGAACCUUGCGAAAGACCAAGCCGAUCCUCUCUUAUUGAAAGGAACUCGUGCUGACUGGUCAGCUCGAAGUCAAACCAUUCAGCAGAUCAAAACACAAGAUGCCUUCGCUGUGGAUCAGUCAGUUAAAUUUGAUGACUGGAAUGUUAGAAGCAAGAAAUGGAAGACACGGGAGGAUUUUCCAGCUGGUAAAACAUUGCAGGAGCAUAUUAGAAGGAAAUCUGCACAGAACGGAGGAAUGAACAGGGAAGAUCUUAGUAGCAGGAGUAUGUAUUCCCAGAGUGAGGAAACAGAGUCAGAUUCAUCUGAGCACCUAGAUGAAGAUGAAGAUAUUGAUCCAUCAAUGAGGAAGUUGGGCUAUCCGAGUGGCGUCUUUCAGGGUGGCCGAUCUUCUUUGUUCAGAGCAGUUGAUGAUCCUAAAAAAGUCAAUAAGCUGGUGAGGAAAGAUGAGGAACAUGGUGGUCAGAUUCUUGAUGGUGUCAAACGUUCAUCCAUAAAGAUGGGUGAUCUUCGCGAGCGGAGGAAUAUGCCUGAGAUAGAAAGAUACUCUUCAAAGGUAAAACAGAAAGGAAGGAAAAGUGAGUGCAUCAACUUGCAUGAGUAUGGUGCUGAGAAUUUGGAGGGGAAGACUUUGUCUGCAUCAUCUAAGUUAGUGGAUGAUCGCAAACAAAUCUAUAUGUCUAGCAAGAAUGGCCAAAUCCAAGGCCGAACCCAAGGUGUUCCUGUUGAAAGGUCUCAGCUGCCAUCAUUGAAGACCUACUCUGUAGAGAAAAAGAGGAAACUGAAUGCUGAACAGAGGUAUUCUGUGCCACUUUCAAACAAUAUACACAAGUAUGGCAGUAAGGUUUUGGAGGAAGAUAACUUGCAUGCAGUGCCCAAGUUAACAGAUGACCAGCCACGGAAUAACAAUAGAGCAGGGAAGAAAGGUCAAAAUGCUGAAGGUCAUGUUACUGAGCCUGAUUUUCAGCCAUUAUUGGGAUGCAGCUCGGUUGCACGGAAGCGGAAGGGUAAGGCUGAUUUGACGUAUUUAGACGGGCCAGACAAUUCUAAUGAUAUGCAAUCUAGUUCGCCGCAGCCAAUUGACGAACCCAAUAUUACAAAGAAACGGGGUAAAAAGAAAGUGGAGGCUGAAAGCAGUCCUUUGCCUAUGGCAACUUCUGAUGCAAUUAUUUCAGAAAGGGGUACUACAGAUUUAGAGCCAGAAACAAAGCCGCCAAAGAAGCCAUUUACUUUGAUAACACCUUCAAUUCAUACUGGCUUUUCAUUCUCUAUUGUACAUCUUCUUUCAGCUGUUCGAAUCGCAAUGAUUACUUUGCAUGCAGAAGAUACCUCAGAGGUUGGCAAGCAUCUUGGAAACAAUGAUGGAAGACAGAAACCUAAGAAUGAAGAGCAGAACAAAAAGCUUGAAGGGGUCAAUGGGGUACGGCCUUCCCAUGACAAUUUGGAUGUAAAUUAUUCAGAGCACACAGGACAAAAGAAUUUGCCUUCCCUCACUGUUCAAGAGAUUGUUAACCGUGUGAGAUCAAACCCUGGUGAUCCUUGCAUUCUUGAAACACAGGAGCCACUUCAAGAUUUGGUCAGAGGAGUGCUGAAGAUAUUUUCAUCCAAGACAGCACCUUUGGGAGCAAAAGGUUGGAAGGCACUCGUCCUGUAUGAGAAGUCCACUAAAAGUUGGUCCUGGGUUGGUCCGGUUUCAUCUAACUCAUCUGAUCGUGAUACGAUUGAAGAGGUGACAUCUGCUGAGGCUUGGGGUGUUCCUCACAAGAUGCUUGUGAAGUUGGUCGAUGCAUUUGCUAAUUGGCUGAAGAGUGGUCAAGAGACCCUUCAGCAAAUAGGAAGCCUUCCACCACCACCCAUGUCGUUGAUGUUGCCUGACUUGGAUGAGAAGGAAAGGUUUAAGGACCUACGAGCUCAGAAGAGUCUCACCACUAUCAGCCCAAGCUCUGAUGAAGUCAGGGCAUAUUUUCGCCGGGAGGAACUUUUAAGAUAUUCGGUUCCAGACAGGGCCUUUUCUUACACUGCUGCUGAUGGUAGAAAAUCUAUAGUUGCUCCAUUGAGAAGGUGUGGUGGCAAGCCAUCGUCGAAACCUCGAGAGCACUUUAUGCUUAAGACUGAUCGACCGCCACAUGUCACGAUCCUUUGUCUUGUUAGGGAUGCAGCUGCGAGGUUGCCUGGAAGUAUUGGCACCCGAGCAGAUGUCUGUACCCUUAUAAGAGACUCACAGUAUAUUGUGGAAGAUGUUACUGAUGCCCAGGUUAACCAAAUUGUCAGUGGGGCUCUUGACCGUUUGCAUUAUGAGCGUGAUCCUUGUGUAUUAUUUGAUGGGGAGAGGAAAUUGUGGGUUUAUUUGCACAGAGAUAGAGAAGAAGAAGAUUUUGAGGAUGAUGGAACCUCUUCUACGAAGAAAUGGAAAAGGCAAAGGAAGGAUACUACUGAGCAGUCUGAUCUGGGAGCUGGAAAUGAUGUGGGCUUUCAAGGUACUGGAGAUCAGGUUGCAGGUGGUUCCACUGCUGGAUAUGAUUUCAGUUCUGAUCUAAAUAUUGAGGCAUCAUCCAUCUAUGCAGGGGAGAAAACAGAACUUGUAUAUAAUGAUUUGAGGCCAAAUAUGGAGGAGAGCAUCGAGCCAUUCAUUGAUUCAGCACAGGGUAGCAUGCAUCAAGGUCAUCCAAUGGGUUGGGAGGUUCUUGAUUUGAAUGCUUUGCGGGAAAACAAAAUGCUGUGUCAGGAGAAUUCUACAAACGAAGAUUUUGAUGAUGAUACAUUCGGCAAGGAAAGGCCAGGUGGGCUUUUAAGUGCAAGCUUAAUGUGAAGUGAGGAUGAUCUACGACUGGGAUCCAUCAUGUUUUUAGGAUUGGUCCAGGGAUGAGUUGAAUAUGCAAUUGAUGUGACAGAUUGCUGAAUUGUUGCAACUAGUUGAGAGGGUCUCUACUCAGCUAGACAAUUCUCAUGCUCCAAAAAAUCCAGCAAUACUGGAUGGAGUUGAAUGUGAUGAUUGAUGAUGAAGAGCUGAAAUAUGUGCGAGGAAAAGAGGAAGCUUCCCAUGUUUUAUGAAGAAAUCGAUGAUGAUCGCCAUGAAGGAUUAAAUGAAUGCUGGGCUUUUGUUGUUAGGCCUCUCUAUUAUUAGCAGCCUGAAAAGAAGACGAGGAUUGACAAUGCACCAACAUCUUUCAUACAUGUAUCAUGCCUUGGACAUUUAUGUACUGUUAUUGUCGACAUGGUAGUAGUAUGAACAUGCGCCGCAAGAGCUUGUGGACAAGCUUGGGCUUAAGGCGGAGAAGCAUCCAUGACCACACCAACUUGCAUGGGGACUACAAAAAGAGAAAAAUCUUCAAAAGAAGUGGAAAACAGCCAGAUUUGAUGAAGCGUGUAUGUAUGUAUGUAUGUGUUUGUAUGUACAUAUGUACGCAUGUAAAGGGAUUACUAAAGGAGAAAAAUCUUCAAAAGAUGCGGAAACAGUCAACUAUCAGGGUUAUGUAAAGGGACUACAAAAAGAGAAAAAUCUUCAAAAGAUGCCGAAAACAGUCAGGGUUGGAACUUGAGAGGCCACAAACUUACAUUCCACAGUCAUCUCGAGCUUCAUGUCUAUGUUGAAUGGUGUGGCAUUUUACAUGUACAUCUGUUUUUUUUUUUUUUUUUUUGCUGCAGAACUGUAAAAUAGCAAGCCUGAAUUGUCGAGGCUCUUUAAGUUUUUCAUUUUCUUCUACAGCCUGGUUAUAUAUAUCAUCAGCUUCUGCAUUCCUUAAUAAUAUUAUCUUCCGAGGAUAUAUCUUA